AUGGCACCGGUACGUGGGGAUGGUAUGCGCGGACUGGCGGUGUUUAUAUCGGACAUCAGAAACUGCAAAAGCAAAGAGGCGGAAAUCAAGCGCAUUAACAAGGAGCUGGCCAACAUUAGGAGCAAAUUCAAAGGGGACAAAACGCUGGACGGUUAUCAGAAGAAGAAGUACGUCUGUAAGCUGCUGUUUAUCUUUCUGCUUGGCCAUGACAUCGAUUUCGGUCACAUGGAGGCGGUUAAUCUGCUUUCCUCCAACAAAUACUCGGAGAAACAAAUCGGUUAUCUGUUCAUUUCGGUGCUGGUGAACACGAACAGCGAUCUGAUUAAGCUCAUCAUCCAAAGCAUCAAGAAUGAUCUGCAGUCGCGGAACCCGAUCCACGUGAAUCUGGCAUUGCAGUGCAUUGCGAAUAUCGGUAGCCGGGAUAUGGCGGAAGCGUUCUCGAACGAGAUCCCGAAGCUGCUCGUUUCGGGCGAUACGAUGGAUGUGGUGAAGCAAUCGGCUGCCCUGUGUCUGUUGCGUUUGUUCCGCACCUGUCCGGAUAUCAUCCCGGGUGGUGAAUGGACCAGCCGCAUCAUUCAUCUGCUGAACGAUCAACAUAUGGGUGUGGUAACGGCGGCGACCAGCUUGAUAGAUGCGCUGGUAAAGAAAAACCCGGAGGAGUAUAAGGGAUGCGUCAGCUUGGCCGUAUCGCGCCUUUCACGUAUCGUGACCGCGUCCUACACAGAUCUGCAGGACUACACGUACUACUUUGUGCCGGCUCCGUGGCUGUCGGUGAAGCUGUUGCGCUUGCUGCAGAACUAUAACCCACCGACGGAGGAUCCGGGUGUGCGUGGCCGGUUGAACGAGUGCUUGGAGACGAUCCUGAACAAGGCGCAGGAACCACCGAAAAGCAAGAAGGUGCAGCACUCGAACGCGAAGAAUGCGGUCCUGUUUGAGGCGAUCAAUCUGAUCAUUCACAAUGACAGCGAGCCAAGUUUGCUGGUGCGCGCCUGCAACCAGCUCGGCCAGUUCCUGAGCAACCGUGAAACGAACCUACGCUAUCUGGCGCUGGAAUCGAUGUGCCAUCUGGCGACGUCCGAAUUUUCGCACGAAGCCGUCAAGAAGCACCAGGAGGUGGUGAUUCUGUCGAUGAAGAUGGAGAAGGAUGUGUCGGUGCGCCAGCAGGCGGUCGAUCUACUGUACGCGAUGUGCGAUCGCUCGAACGCGGAAGAGAUCGUGCAGGAGAUGCUGAACUAUCUGGAGACGGCGGAUUAUUCGAUCCGCGAGGAGAUGGUACUGAAGGUGGCUAUACUGGCGGAAAAGUAUGCUACGGACUACACUUGGUACGUGGACGUGAUCCUGAACCUGAUCCGAAUUGCGGGCGAUUACGUGUCGGAGGAGGUCUGGUACCGUGUGAUCCAGAUCGUGAUUAACCGCGAGGAGGUACAGGGUUACGCGGCAAAGACCGUGUUCGAAGCACUGCAGGCACCGGCCUGUCACGAGAAUAUGGUCAAGGUGGGAGGCUACAUUUUGGGCGAGUUUGGAAAUUUGAUCGCGGGCGAUUCACGCUCGGCACCGAUGGUACAGUUUAAGCUGCUGCACUCGAAAUAUCAUCUGUGCUCGUCGAUGACGCGCGCUCUGCUGCUGUCGACGUACAUUAAGUUCAUCAAUCUGUUUCCGGAGAUUCGCGGCACCAUACAGGACGUGUUUCGGCAGCACAGCAAUCUGCGUUCGGCCGAUGCCGAAUUACAGCAGCGUGCCAGUGAGUACUUGCAGCUGAGUAUUGUCGCUUCCACCGACGUGUUGGCGACCGUGCUGGAGGAGAUGCCAUCGUUCCCGGAGCGCGAAAGCUCCAUACUGGCGGUGUUGAAGAAGAAAAAACCGGGUCGUGUGCCGGAGAAUGCGGAAAUCCGUGACAACAAGAGCCCGGUACCGAACAGUCAUAAUGCUCACAACAAUGCUCAAACUAAUCACACUUCCAGUGCGAACAACGCAAAUGCUAGUUCAGAUUUGCUCGGACUAAGCACACCACCGGCCAGCCAGUCUGGCACACUGAUCGAUGUGCUGGGUGACAUCUACAGCACAACCAACGGCAACAGCAGUGUGGUUAAUAAUUCCAAAAAAUUCGUUUUCAAAAACAAUGGUGUCCUGUUCGAAAACGAUCUGCUACAGAUCGGUGUAAAGAGUGAGUUCCGUCAGAAUCUGGGCCGGUUGGGUCUGUACUAUGGUAACAAAACGCAGACGGCACUGCAAAACUUCGUACCCACGCUGCAGUGGUCGGCUGAGGAUGCGCUUAAGCUGAACGUACAGAUAAAGGCCGUGGAGCCGACGCUUGAAGCGGGCGCCCAGAUUCAACAGCUGCUUACGGCGGAAUGUAUCGAUCACUAUCUCGGUGCCCCGUCGAUCCUUAUUUCGUUCCGAGUGAGUGGCGGCGCGCAGCAAAAGAUUACGGUUAAUCUUCCACUUACGAUCAACAAAUUCUUCGAACCGACGGAGAUGAAUGCGGAAUCGUUCUUUGCCCGGUGGAGAAAUCUUGGCGGCGAGCAACAAAGAGCGCAACGUGUAUUUAAGGCAAUGCAACCGCUCGAUUUGCCGGGUGCGCGCAAUAAACUGACCGGAUUCGGAAUGCAGCUGCUCGACAGCAUUGAUCCAAACCCGGACAAUAUGGUUUGUGCCGGCAUCAUCCACACGCAGGCCCAUAAAGUGGGAUGUUUGCUUCGUUUGGAACCGAACAAGCAGGCCCAGAUGUUCCGUCUGACCAUACGAUCCAGCUUAGAAGCGGUGACGUCAGAAAUAUGCGAUCUGUUGGUGGAUCAGUUUUAA